UAUUUAUACAUGAAUUAAUCUUAUAAUAUUAUAUUUUAGGUUUUACAAUAUUAUAGACAUAUAUAAAUAUAUUUAUAAAUCUUGUAUAAAUAUUUAAUUUAUGUUUAUAUUAAAAUAAUUAGUAUUUUUUAAAAAAAGUUAUUGUUUUUUAUUAUUUUACGGAUCCGGAUAUCCGUAGUUAAUAGAAUAUCGAAACGGAUAUCCGGAAACCAUGAAUCCGAAUAUUAAAUCCACGGAUCCGGGUCCGGAUACCCUAAAUUUUUCGGAUAUCUGGAUCGCCUACUUAAAUUCACACCAGUCACAGCCGGUUUGAAAGGUUAAAAGUACGUCAUUGGUUAUUGAUAUCUUGAUUUGAAUCUAAGUUUGGGUUUUAAUUGGUUCGGUUCAAAUGCUAAAUCUUAAAAUCUACCUAGUACUGUGUGGUAUACUGGUACAGUUGUACACUACAUAUAUAGAGAAAAGAAAUUAACUAAAUGAUUAAUUUAAAAAGUACAUAUAAAUAAUUUAGUUAAGGCACGCGUCGUCCUGUAAUGUCUUUAUAGCGGUUUCCUCAUUACUAUAUAGUUCGCCUUCUUCACUUUGUCCAUUAAUUGUCUCUCUCUGCCUUUUCUUUCUCCCAUGUCUUCGUAAAUGGUUUUGAUCUUCCGACAACAUCUUCGACAAACCCUUUUCUCUGGGUUCUGCGAAAGACGUUAUUACAAAUCUCUUUCCUUUCCGUGUCCUUGUCUUAAUCGUCAUGCCUUUGCCUUGGAAGAAAUCGAAAUCGGGUCGGAUCUCCAGAUUGGUAUCGGACCUCCAGCAAUCUCCCAAACACGGCGGAUCUCUCUUCGUCGAGACUGGUUUCCCAACUUCUCUCAUCCAUCUCUUCGUUAAGAAUCGCGAUCGUCUCAAGAAAUCCUCUUCAAAACGCAACAACAAAGCCCAGACACAAACCGCUCAUACGACACGACCGCGUGUCUUGUCUCCGCCUCUUCCUCAGAAGCUUGAUCCAGCGCCGGUUACAGAGGAUCUCACGGCGAGUAAGAUCGAUGAAAGUUUGGUCAAUGGCAGUGGUUCAACAUCGGAGAAUAGGCACGACGGGGACAACAACGACGGCGUCGGAAACGGCGGUAAUCGCGGCGGAGGAUGUUGCGUUUUAAUGGUGGUUGUGCUCGCCUUGAGCACGAAAAAGGUUGCCGUGGGGAUCACUAUCUUAGCAUUCGCCCUUCUCUUCCUCGAGCUAGCAGUGGCGCGUGUAUUCACGCUCAUCUAUCCCUGCCCCGACGCGAAGCUCAUAGGGAAGAAGAACGGUGAAGAAAGAAAGAACAAGAAGGUCUCUUUUGAAAUCAUCGAAAGCUUUCAAGACUCAAGAGAUUGCAUUGAGGAGAUUCAAUUUCGUCCUCCGGAGGAGGGAGAUGUGGUGUUGACGAAGGAGAAGAGUAAAAGCGCGAAGCUUAAGUCCAAGAUUGUGCCGAACAAGUUGAGGAGUUAUAUGAAGAAGAAGAAGAAAGAUAAACAAGAAGCUGAAGGGGUAGAGGUAGAUGAUGAGUCUGUGACGGAAGUGUCAAGUUUUUAUUCCGAGGAUAGAAUCGAGAGCCAAAUAUCUGAGAGAGAUGAGACUGCUUCGAAUCCUCCGAAGUUGCUGGAGAGCUGUGAAGAGGAGGAAGAAUCUGGAUCAAAAGGGGAUCUAACUAAAGUGAUUGUUCUGAUAGUAAUUUCUCUUGCUGGAUUGUUUUGCGGGAAAGUCUUAGCCAUUGCUCUGACAUUGUCUUGGUGUCUGAUUCUGAGAUUUGUCUGCUGCAAAUCUCAAACCAGCUCUCAACACAUCAAAAAUAAAAUUUUGUUGUGUUAGUGGUGGCAGUGGUGGGUCCUACAGAACGCCGUGGGACGGUGUUGACGGUAGUGUGGUUGUUGGCACUUGGCACUUGGCAGUUCGAAGCUAAACAAUUGUUUGCUUAAGAAACUGUGUAAUUUUUUAACAGAGAAUAUUGUUAUUAAUAUGAUGGUCAAAAUUGUUUUUUUACUGGGAAGCAAGUAUUAUCAAAAAUUGGUAUUUGCUAGCUUGUCGUUAAUAAUGAAAGGCAGAGCAUUAAGGUUUGUGCCGACCUAAAAAACAAAGCACACUACCUGUGGAAGAGUUUUGUCAGUUUUUGUUUAUUUUUUGUGAUUGAGUUUUACAAGUUUAUGUGACGACGAUAGUGACGGAGACACGUGAUGAAAUGGCCAAGUUUACUUAGUGGCGUAGUGUGCGGAUGUCUCCGUCAGUAAUUAAUCGUGUGGCUUUAGCAUUUGUUUGGGGUUUUUCCCAGUUCCUUAUUUUUUCAUAACUUUUCUGAUAUGUAUCCAAUCAUUCUACAAAGAAGAAGCUUGAAAAAAGAGAAUGUACGAAACGUUAAUAGUUAUCUAAGUGAUGUACAAAUAAGCUAUCACAAGUUUUUUGACUAUACAGUUCUUUUUACUAUACAUGUAUCAAACUAAAAAACAAAAGAAAAAAAAAACAUGCGUUAAAACCUGCGUGACUAUUCCAACUACUUUGUGAAAGACAAAAAGGUUUCGCAGUAAACAAGUAACAACAUGCCAACAUGUUGUAGUUAAAAAGUUUGCAUAACGUAUAUAUCCGUAUAGAAAGAGAGAUAAUCGACGUAUUAUUUUUUUCAAUAAAAAUAUCAACGUUUGAAUUUAAUUUUUUGUUUCUUGUAUGUUCAUGAACAUUCUUUUCCAAAAGAAAAUUUACAUUUUAAUAUUUUUUCCAUGUAAUUUUAGUUCUAACUACUACGUACAAAUUCUAUAAAUUAAUAAAGUCGAGAUUAUCAUAUUUUAUUAAUUUAUAGAGUUAUUAUUUAUAAAACUUUCAUUUCUUAGGUUUGUAUAAUUUGAUGUAUGUCUUAAUGUAAAAAAUAAGAGGAAUGCUUAAUUUUACGGUAUUUACAUUAAUUAAAUUUUAUAGAUAUAAAUUUGAUGUUGUUACUUUUCAGUUAUUUGGUGUAUAGAAAAUAGUUACAUAUGUCGAUGCAUUUUAGAUGUAAAGUGAAAAAAUCACGUAAAAGUAUUUUGAGGUGUUUAAAAAUUAAGGAUAAACUCCACUAUAAAUAAAAAUAAACUAUGCAAUAUAUAUCUAUAUAUUUAUAUAAACUUUAUACACGUUAAAUAUUAAUUUAUGUUUACAUUGAGACUAUAUAUUUACAUAAAGAUUUUCAAAAUUAUUAUCUAAUUAUUUUAUCAAUUUGUAUUAUAUUAUGCACUGACCCAAUUCUAAAUUUGUGAAAUUUAUUAAUUUAUUGUAUUUAUUAAUUAUUGAGUGUUAGUUUAUAAAGUUUUACUGUAUGUUCUUGGAAAUGACAACUAUGAGAGAAAAAAUAGUUAAAAAUAAGAGAGAAGUAGCACGACGGAGUUGUAAAACUCUCAAAAUUGCAAUAUGACUUUGAAAAUUUUUAAUUGAAAUAAAAUGACAACUAUGACUUCAAAAUAAUCAACUAUGACUUGAAUUUUUUAAUUUUCUUAAAUUAUAGACAAUUUAAAAAAUUAGUUGAAUAUUUCUUUUAGUUUUAGAAAGUUUAAGAUUAAUUAUUUGAACAUGUCUAUGCAAUCCACAAUCUCUAUCAUUAAGAUUUGUGUACAUGUCUAUCAAUUAAUUUAUGUAUAUACAUAGACUUGUUACUUGAGUAGUUCCCAGUAAACGUGAAGGGCUAAACAUAUGUGUUAAUGCGUGUGUGCAUAUUUUUUACACAAAAAUAUACACAUCACACCUAAACUAUUUUGGUAACCUCUCACCCCAUUUCCUCGCAUCUUCAAAACUAGUGUUGAUCCCUCUGUUCGACUACAUUCACUUUCCAUCUCACCAUAUACUGUUUAUUAUCCAGAUUCCCUCUCCUGUCUGGAUAUGCAGACUCAGUCUCUGAUGCUUCAGUUAUUUUCACACCCAAUGGCUCUAAAAUCAUUAGUGGAGUUUCUUUCAUGAGAAACUUUCUGGUUCAUCAAAUGAAUCAAUCUAUUCCACCAAGAAACAGAGUUUGAAAUGUAGAUUUCACUCUUCUUUGUUUCCCUUCUUGAGUAUUGUCAAUUAUGACUCUCAUGAAUAAUUUUUCUGUCUAGCGUGGCAUCGAUGAAUAAGCUUGUUCAUGGUGGCUCCCAUUGGAUACUUACUUAGGAAACAAGUUACCUUCUCAGGAACCAUAUCAAGCUUGAACUACUUAGCAAGCUUAAGUCCAUCUCUACGACUCUACCAAGACUACAAUAACCAGAUCAGAAAUAUCAAAAAGGAGAAACUUAAAAAAAAAAAAAAAAA